AUGUUAUCGCCUGUUCACAGAGCACUCUGGAACAAAGAAGGCGCUAUUAUAUCCAUCAUUGACACACAUAAGCUUGAUACCGACGUAUAUCCCGCGAUCAAGCUAUUCAGGGAACAAAAUCUGCGUAUCCGAGGCUACGACGGUAGAGGCGAGUUCUUGCUCGCAGAUGAGCAUGCUGAGAUUGGGCAUUUUCUACAGCUUGAUAAACUUGCAUCUCAUAAAUACAACAGAAAGCAGUUGCAUGGCGAGCUAGCUAGAGAUGCCGGCAAACUUGACCACACGUCGGGAUAUGCAAUAGGAAAAUUUCUUAACUCUAUUAAUCUCCCAUUCGAGUUCAGCAGGGAGGUGAGCGGGGGCUUAUUCCACUCCUGGAGACUGAAGAGGCAAGGAACUUGGGAGUCCUUUCAUGAGGGAGUAUGUGCUGGCUACAAUCGCUCUAUACCAUCUACCAGUGUCAGCGAAGUCGGACGUCCAGAAUCCAUUGUUCAUGAUAUAUCGGAUGACGACUCAGUCACCGAGUGUGGAUCUAUUGCAGAAGACGAGAAAAUGAGUGAUAGCGAAUCUGAAGAUAUCGGUGCUAGCUCACCCUGCAUGGGGCGCGAGUUAGCCACACAUACCUCAGAACGAAAACCCCUUUCCACUCCUGACUGGUUCUUCAUGAGAAAUACAGAUGAUGAACUGAUAACAUACGAAGAUGGAGAAGAAGGAGCCACUGGACGGCAAAUCAACCUAUUUUCCGAACAAAAUCCUGACCGAUCGGCUGAGCUGAUUACCGAUUGGCCUGAAGAAGACACUCAAGUACUGUCAUCCUUGAACUUGAACAUAUCUCAGACUCGCAUCCCUACCAUCGAGAUGUUCGACCCCAAAACUGGCGGAUGGGUCCAAGAACAAGCGAGACUCGCGCAGAAAAUGGAAGAGGACGACUGUCAAUCUUAUAUGCAGCCACCAUCCAGCAAUGAUACUCAGGAAAUGAGGAGUAUAUCCGUGGAAGGCGAAAGCGACAUUAUGCAUGAUAUCGAGACUAGAUAUUCAAUUCUGAGCAUGUCCCGUGAAUUGUCAGAGGAUGUUCUGCCCCACAUUCGGUUUGCGAGAGAUCGAGAACGUCGAAGACGCUGGCUUCUUCAGUAG